GCAGAACAUGCCAAAUUUCAAGGUACAAAAGUAACAGUCGCAUCAUUCUUAGAAUGGAAAGAAAAUAUUGAACGAGAAAUGGCAGAAAAAGAAAGAAAUACGAAAAGUUUAGCCUUAUUAAAAAAAGAAGAAAUGAGAAAGAAUAAACUCACUGGUCGACAAUUAUUCGAACACGACCAAGCGCUUGCUAAGUCUGAUGUCACAUUUAUGGAUGAAGACGAUGUUGCAGUUGAUAUUUCGAUAUUUGAAAGAGAGGUUGAUAUGGAAAGUGAAGAGGAAGAAAAUGAUGUUCUUGAUUUA